AUAGUACAACUGGCAAGGGGGGGAAGGGAUAGAGAGAGUUUAAGCAGGCAGCUUGAUUCUUUAAAGAGGAAAACUGUCUUAUGGAGUUGCCUAGCCACUCGGCUAAUCCUUGGCUGUUGCAACACAUUAGCCCAUGUUACCCACAUUACUGUAUAUCAAUCCACAUGCUUGAGGUGCCACUAGAAUUCAAGGAAAGUGGUGGCAAAACUCGGGUAGCUAACAAGUGAGCCAUGCCACAUGCCCUGGGGAGAUCACAUGCUCGUGUCUCUUUUAUUACCAUAUUACUUUCUAAAAUAUACUUUAUAUGUAAUAAGAAAUAGGAAAUAUACUAAUUUCUAAGGAUUCAUAUUAAAAAUUGUUGACAUUUCUAUAAGUGGUGGAGUAUAACUGCAGUGAAAAGGCUUUAAAUAAUUCUAGUUGAUGUUUCACGUUUGUAGAAGACAAUAGAUUCUCAAAUUGUUAAUUUCUUUAUCUACCUUCCUUUGACUAGACCAUUUCUGUCAAUUUUUAUCAUUAUGGCAAAAGACCAAAUUUUAUUAAACCAUUUUCUGUUGGAGUUGUCGGAGGAUGCCAUUUGUCUGCUUUCAUUAUUUGGACAGCAGUUAGCAUUACUCCUGGGACCCAGGUGGCACUGUGGUUAAACCACUGAGCCUAGGGCUUGCUGAUCAGAAGGUCGGCGGUUCGAAUCCCUGUGACGGGGUGAGCUCCUGUUGCUUGGUCCCAGCUCCUGCCAACCUAGCAGUUCGAAAGCACGUCAAAAUGCAAGUAGAUAAAUAGGAACUGCUACAGCGGGAAGGUAAACGGCGUUUCCAUGUGCUGCUCUGGUUUGCCAGAAGCGGCUUUGUCAUGCUGGCCACAUGACCUGGAAGCUAUACGCCGGCUCCCUCGGCCAAUAAUGCGAGAUGAGCGUGCAACCCCAGAGUCGGUCACGACUGGACCUAAUGGUCAGGGGUCCCUUUACCUUUACCUUAGCAUUACUCCUAGUAAUUUUUUUGUGUUCUUUCUGUUAGACCCUUCUUAGCUUCCACUAAUUUAUCUAGGGCAGCCAUCCCCAAACUACGGCCCUCCAGAUGUUUUGGCCUACAACUCCCAUGAUCCCUAGCUAAGAGGACCAGGGGUCAGGGAUGAUGGGAAUUGUAGUCCAAAACAUCUGGAGGGCCGAAGUUUGGGGAUGCCUGAUCUAGGAAAAAUGAUAAACUGCUUAAGCAGAAAAAUCUCUAUGCAGUGUACACAAUAAUUAUCAAUAAAACAAUGAUGGAAAAUAUUUUAUCUGGGUUUUAACAUACUGUGUAGUGCACCUUCCCCCAGUGUUUUAAAAGCCUUUAAAGAUUUUCUUUCCGCUGUGUCCAGUUUUGUGAUCUUGUUUCAUUUCACCUUUGUCAACUGUCAAUAGAAUCAGGUUUACUCAGGUACCCUCAUAUCUUGUAGCUUGCCUGGGCCUCAUUUCCCCCCAUACUUAAUGCUGAAAUACCUACUUUUCCAAGGGACCAUUCUGUAAACAAGACACUAGAGAAUCAUGGACGUGACAUCAAAGUAGACUCAGAAGGGUGGGCAAUUUAUUCCAGACUCUGUUAUCUGCUGACCCGGCAUACAAGGGAUUUCCCCUUUUGGUGCAUCUGUUUCCCCUUCAGUUAUUUGAGUCGGAUGUAUGAAGAGAGGACCCUUGUGGGCUCUGUAUCUGAGCAAAGGACCCCAGAAUUGUACUAUGGCAACCGACAUGCAUAAUGAAAAGGUCAUGCUGCAUAUAGGCUUAUAUGCCUUCUGCGGAAAUACUUCCAUCCAAUUAAUAUAAAAUUUGCACAGCAACGUGGAAAAGAAUGCAACAGAUCCACAGCUGAGUGUAUUAGUUUGUUCCAUUCAUAGAAGUUUCAUGAUCACGUAGUAUACCAGGGUUCCCCCCCUUUUUUCCUUUGUUUUCUUCUAAAGGUGUGCACUUUAUAUUUUAGGCAUACAGAAUUUUUUUCCCAAGUGUGAAUGCGAUAAAGAGGUGUUUGAAAACAUUUACGUAUUACGUAUCAGAGGUGCACUCCCGAGGAUAGGCUUGGGACUAUAUAUAGUGUGUUUAAGCACAUAGAAUAGCAAUAUAAUAAAUGUAUGUGAGAAGAAGAGGCUACAGAUGUUUGGAGGUCAUCACUUUUUCUAGACCUCCAUUUGUCGUGUGGUUACUUAAAAUCAGGUUGGUUUGUAAUAAGAUUGUGCUUUCCCACAACUUGAUAAUGAAUGAGAGGAGCCAACCUGGAAUGUGUUACCGAGACCUGGGUGGGUGAGCUGGUUGAGGUAGACCCAAACCGCUGUGCUCGCCUGUGUGCUUGAUGUAGUAGCAUCAACAUAGGCUGGAGGGUUGGGGAGGGCUUUCUGCGGUCUGUAAAGAUUCCAUUGCCAGGAGACCUCUCCAUUCUCUGAGGGCCUGAAUCCGAUAUCCAGCUCAAGAGGUAGAUUGUGACCGCUGCUGGUGUACCGUCCAUUCUGCUGCUCAGCAGCCUCCCUGACUGAAUAGGCUUCCAGGCAAUCAGUGUACAGUUUUCAGCAGGGCUUUCCCACAAUCCUGAGCUUUUAAAAAAUAUUUUUAUUGAAAAGCCAGAUCUCUCCACACAUUGCUCCAUGGUGUCCAUCUGUUGGAUCUGUUCCACUGAAUAACUCAGAAGGGAUCACAAUGACUUCUUUGUAUAAAAUGGCUGAACCAAUAUGCUGGGGGUACAGCUUUGUGGGGUCACAGAACAAUUGCCCACUGCACCCUUGUAUGUAAUGUAUGUAAUCAGUGCUGGAUUUAUGUAUAAGCUAAACAAGCUAUAGCAAAAAAAUUAAAGCCAAAAAACAACCUUUAUGUACAUUUCCAAAAUAUAAGAUAAAAGACAAAUAAAAUAACACCUACAUACAGCAACAGUGUUUUGUGUUGUGUAUGGACCUAUUAGGUCCAUAAAUUAUCAUAUAGCAUAUAUUCAACACAAAAACAGUGACAAUUUGUUGUUGACCAAUCUAAAUCCACCUCUGUAUGUAAUAGCACUAAAACGUCCUCUUUGCUAGGACAUAGUGACUUCUGUUCUUAAUUUGGGAACAAUGCACAGGUCAUUAAUAUGUUACUUCAAAGAACUGAGUGUUCUUGAUCAAAAGCUUCCACAGCUUCAGAGAAGUGAAUAAUAUUGACCGCUAGGACAUUCCUAGCUCUUCCUGACUACUCUGGCUGCUCCACUCUUUUGACCUCUGAACCAGGAAGUACCCUUAGAACUUUUAGAAAGAGAAACAGUUUUGAAGAUUGAAUAUAUAGAAUUAACCACUAGGGAUGAGGGAGAAACUCGGUUCACUUCACUUUUUAAUGUGAACUAUCUAACUAUUGCUCCCUGAAUAUAUAUUUGGACUAAAAUGCACCUAUACUUUGAAAUCUGCAAUUUUGAAAUUUUGCAGUGCAAUUCUCAGAGUGAGUAAUUUGCGCAAAAAUGUGUACAUUAGUGAAAACAACAUACAAAAAAUAUUAGGAGGAAUUGCUUGCAAAAACACAUACAGUGGUCCCUCAACUUACGAAGUACUCGACUUACGAAAUUCGAGUUACGGAUGGAAAAAAAAUGUCCGCACGCUUACUUUUUUUCGACAUCCAAAAGGAAAACCGUUGCAGUUUAGAUGGGGUUUUUUCGACUUACGAAUUUUAGAUGUGGUUUACUCGGCUUACGAAAUUUUCAGGUUACAAUGCAUUCCUAUGAGAAACCACUUUUUUUGACUUACAAACUUUUCGACCUACGAAUGUGCAUUCGGAACGGAUUAAAUUCGUGAGUCGAGGGACCACUGUAUAUUGAGACAAAUGUGAACUUAAAUGCUGAUGAAUUUUCAUGAGAACAUUUUAUUAUUAUUUUCAUUGCAAACUGAUGUGGAAAUGUGCUGAACUGAAUUUAGUGUUGGAUAAAUGAGACAUCUGAAACUGACAGAUUCAUCCAUCCCUAUUAAUCACACCACCUAUAUUCCCCUUGGCACUGAAUGGUGUUUUAACUGUACCUCUUUGCUAUGAGGCUAAGCCCCACCAGAGACAGAAACCAGAAACAUAACCUGCAGAGUACUGAGGCAAGCCCAUUUCCUCAUUCCUUGUGGAAUUUGAGUUCACUGCCCCGAAUUUCACAGGAGUGGAUCAUAGAAAUCCAAAACGUUUGAAAGAUUUUCAUUGAAUGCUGCUUUAAAAUUCAUUCCUCCAUUAACUCCUGCAGUAGAAAGACCAUGGGAGUGGUUCUGGUUUACAAAAAGUAGAAUUUCACAAGAGUAGAACUUCCAUAUUUGAACGGUUGCAAAUAGCUCAAAAAGGAAAGGGCUGUUGUUUUUAAAAGAACUGUGAAUAAAACUAGUUUUAUUUCCUUAUUUUAAAAAUAAAAUUGGGACUCAACAUUACGUUGCAAUUGCAGUAUCUCAUGGUAGUUAGAAUUGCAGAAUCAUUAUUUCGUGUGAAUUUCCUCCACUAUUCCGCAGAAGGCAGGGGAUCUCAACUAGCUAAUUGCCAUUGCUAAUAUGGUGAUAUAAAUGCCAGCCCCAACUAACCUCUUUCUAAUAAUAUUUUAUUAUUAAAAUAUUCAAAUAAAAUGAAUAUUUAGUAAAUAUUCUCAUGAUGUCCUGAGAGAGAAGUAAAAAUGUGAACCUUCGUUACAACCAGCUAAUUUAUUGAUGCAGAAACUGUAUGGCCUAGGGUAGAAAUAAGAAUGCAGUUGUGUGUAUCAUGCAUUCAUCAAAACCUUAAUCAUUAUAAUUAAUUUGUUGAAUUUAUACCACUCCAUUCCACCCAAUGAGACUGGGGCAGCAAACAGAUGCACAAUUUAAAAACAAAAACAAAGCAAAACAUUGUAAAACAGUCAAAGCAUUCUAAAAAUAAUUACGGUACAAUUAAAAACUUCUAAAAUAUUCUAAAAGCAAUGCAUAGGGAAAAAAUACACAUUUUAAUAAUUGUGGAAUGAGAAACUGCUUAAGUACACAUUGCAGAUCAAAAUACUUUUGAGUUAAAAUGUUAGUCAUCCAAUGAUAAUUGGGGUUGCAAGGGGCAGUAGUCUUCCGUUACCAGAUGCCUUGGUAAACAGGAAUGUUUUCAAAUCAAAUUCCUCCUAGGGGAGGGCAUUCCAUAACUGGGGAGCCACCACUGAAAAGGCCCAGUCAUGGGUUUGUGCCACUGAGUGGCCCUGGUGGCCUCAAUGGAUGCUUUUAUGGUCCAAGGGCAAGGAGGUGCUGUAACUCAGGGCUGGGGGCAUUUUUAAAGGCUAAGGGCCACAUUUCUCAUGGGCAAUUUUAUGGGGACCGCAUUCCAGUGGUGGGUGGAGCCAGAAGCAAAAGUGGGAGGGGGGAUAUGGAUCUUGCCUUUGUACAAUAGGUUACAUUGCAGCCACACAAAAGUGAGAGAUUCCAGGCAGACCCUCCUCUCCAUCCUCAAAACUUUCCAUUAUCACAGUUCACAGACACAUUCCAGCUAAGUAAAAUCACACAAGGGUGUAGAGGAGGAGCCCAGUAAGAGGUGUGGCCAGGCAGGGUCGCCUCUAAGGGAAGGCUGGGUGGCCAGGGCGCCGGGCUGCCAGGGGGGCACCGCGGUGAGAAACGGGGCGGGGGGCCGCCGGAGCGAUCUCCGCACCACAGCGCCAGGGCGCCCGACAUGCUUAAGGCGGCUCUGUGGCCAGGACAGAGUCUGGGCCUGUGGUUCUUUACCCCUUCUGUAACUAAAUCUAAGCUCGGAGAUGUACUGUACCAGCGAAUGGUAGUGAGAUUUAGACUUUUGAGGCCCAGAGAUGGGUCUUCAAGGCACAUCCGUAGUCUUCCUGCCUAAAGGUGGGUUUUGUGAUGAUCAAAAGCUUGUUACUCUUAUCAGCCAAAACGUGAUAAGCAUGCAGUCAAAGGUCACUCUCAAUCUACUGUGGUUUGUUUGAUUUUCUGGGACUAGCACAGCCGGGCCAUUGGGGGAAAAUAGAUUUGGUGAUCAAGUUCAUUUUAUUGGGUGAGAAAAUUGUCCAGCUUCCUAAGUCAACACAAAUCUCGUCAGCGUUAGGCUUUCCUCCCAUGACAAAACCUUAGUGGCUUGAAUGUUUGCUUCAGGAAGCCAUAUGACACAGGAUGGGUGAAACUGUUUUUUGGCAUUGUGGGUGCUGAAAGGAAGCCCAUCCCCGUUGUUCCCCAUAGCUGAUGCUAGUUUUCCAAAGCAAAUAGGAAUGGCUGUUUAAAUACUGUCUCCUAUGAACAGUGGGAUUAUGGAAAAAAAGCUAAUGUUUUUUUUUUUGUACAUGAAGGGAGAAGGCAAGCAUUGUUUGGAGGUGGUAUGAGCUCCAUUUGGGACAGCUGCUUUCUGAGGUGCUUUUUGCUGUUACUGCUAUGAAUUGCCAAUAGAGCUUUCCUACUUCUUUUUUCAAACGGAUUAAAGGACCUCUGGCAGGCCCUGGUUUUUUCUGUUCAUGAGCUGACAGUGUUUUAACACGAGUCCACACUUAAAAUUUCCUUGUGGGAUCAGACCCAGUUCCCUCUUGUCCUGCUUUCUGUUCUGAGCUCCAAGCUGGUGCCUUUAGGUAAAAGCUCAUUUUGAUAACCAUUUUUUACAGGGCUCUAGCUUACAAAGGCAUUGCCACAUUCUGUGGCAGGGAAUUCCACAAUAUAGCUUUCCCAUUUUUGUGAAAGAGUAGAGUACUUCUGUCUGUCCUGAAUUUGGUACAAAACACCUUUUUUGUGGCACUGAGCUCUUACAUCACAAUAAAGAGAUUCCCUUUUCUUUUGUGGGUCUUUCUCUUUCUGUAUGGGUAUUAUUUAAGAAAAUGCAGGACCAAAAGCAGACAGCCUGAUUUUUAAUGCCUGAAGAUUUUUGUGGGUUGCAGCAUAAAUGAAACUACCAUGGUAAAACGCUGUUUGGCCCUGCUAAAAAGAUACAACUGAGCUGAGGGGACGUAACACCAUGGGGAUAAUUAAAACCUUAGGCCACGUCUGCCACCAUAAUGGACACAAAUUGUGCCUAACUAGCUCCAGGGCUAGUGUUGCGGUUGGGUGGGCACUUCCAGAAAGGGUACUUGUUUGCACAAAACUAUUCCACACUUUCUAGUGCAAUUAUCCCAAUUCUUUUUUUAACUGCAGAAAGUCCAAUAGGAAAAGUGAUGGAAAAUUGCACUGGAAAGUGCUGGGUAACAACCACUAGCCACAAGAAGAGGGCAUCAGGGCAAAGUUAAGCCCUAAAUGACUUACGAAGCACCCGAUACCUGAAAGGCUUCUUCCUUCCCUACAAACCUUCUCGGGUGCUAGGAAUGGCAAAAUUGGUUAUUCUUCUGUCUUUAGAGGCAGUUGCCCAGAACAGGGCAUUUGCUGUGGCAGCCCCUAAGUUGUGGGACUCCCUGCCCACAGAAGUACGCCUGGUAGCUUCAUCAUAUAGCUUCUGGUGAAUGCUAAAGACAUACCUCUUUAUCCUGGAUUUUCACACGAGCUGUAUAUUUUUAGGACCAACCUUAUUUUUGUGAUUAUAAGUUGUUUGAAACUGUUUUUAACAUGUUGUUUUAAUGUUGUAACCUGCUCUGAGACUUUAGGGUGAAGAGUGUGUAAUUAAUGCUAAUACUAAAUAAUCAGUGCUUUUUUCUGGGGGUAGGCAGGGGUACGAAUACCCCUAAACAUUUUGUGAAUCUUAAGUUUGACCUCAUUGAGGGGCAAUAUUUCAAUAUGAGUGGGAUGAUGACAGUACCCCUAAACAUUUUUUAAAAGAAAAAAGUGCUGCUAAUAAUACUAAUAAUAGCAGGCGAUGUCAUGCAACCUUCAUGCAAACAUGUUGGGACCAAUGCUCAAUUAGCAGGUGAUGUCAUAUAACCUCUGUGAGUUUUGUGCAAACAUAUCCAUUUGAAUGCUCAACAAACAUCCUGUCUGGAAGCUCCCUGUGUCUUUUAUCCAAACUGCUAUGUGAAGUAAUGGGGUUAUUGACCUGAACUGAUUUGGCAAAAUGAACAAGCCCCUAUUGCAGUGUUUGACCCACUUCCUGUCCCUGUCCCCUAACAAGAAUUUGGGUGUAAAUAUAUCUGAAAUGAAAUCUGAGGAGGAGGCGAUGGUGGGGGAACUUUGGGUGCUCUCUGGCACGAUGGUGAGGUAUUCCUAAAAUGUAAAAGGUUGUCCCAGAAGAGCUAACGGUACCAAAACAUUCUGCAGAGUUCUUGCUACCUUGUUUUUCAGCAAGCUGUGGCUAACUGACAUUUGUAAAUGUAUAGCCGUGAGAAGAGGGCGUCAGGGGUAAGGUGAGUUUGAUCAUUAGAGCAACAGUUGAGGUCUUUCGAGAAGUCACAGUCUGUCCUUUUCACUUGUUUAUUAUUGGGAAUGAAGGACAGCUGCAGCCCCUGUACACAAGAGAGGGUAAUACAACCAUUAUAUAAUUACAUGUUGGUAGCCCUCCCAGCUGGGAACUGCACAUUUAUAAAUAUUCUGCUGCCUAAGACUGUGGUUUGCUUUCUAAAUAACCAAGGGAAGGCAAAGAGGCAGGCUAUAAUUCCAGGAGGACUGGUUUCACCUAAGUGAGGCACAUGCACGCAUGCGCGCGCACACACACACACACACACACACAGUGUGUGUGUUUAUAUAGCUCACCAUCACAGUUUUGCUCCAGAAGCCACCAUGGAUGUUUUUUUGAAGAGAUUGCAUUCAUCAGUUUUUUGUCUGCCAAUGGAGGUUAAGCUGCACUUUCAUUAUAUUGGUUAACCUGGAUUAUUUCAGAAGCUGAUAAGGAGGAUUUGUGGAAAUUAUGAUUUCUUUUGUUUCUAUUUCUGGCUUGAGAUGAACUUGAGGUUUGGAGUCCUUAGUCUUAAUCUUCAUGUCCAAUUGGGAUCAUAGCUCCUUACGUUCUCUGUCAUAUCAGAUGUGCAUUCACAAGCCUUUCAUGGUAUGCACAUGUGUGAAGAAGCUAUUUUCUGCUGCAGCACCCUGGUGUGUGUAUUGUACAUGCAACAGAAUGCACAAGUGCAAUAUUGCAUCAGGUGAUCUAUUACUUGUGCACAUCGUUUCCUUUUACAGAACUGUUUUUAUUAAUAUAGAAUAUUACAGAUACUAUGUAUUUGUAUACAAAAUAUCAUACAGAUGAUAAAGAAUAAAAUGUGAAAUUUGAAAUACUAUUGAAAAUAUUUUAUAUAUGAAUAUAUCAUUAUUUGUCCCUCCCUACCUAGUUUCCCGCCUUUCAAUAUAAUUUAUUUUCUUCAUAUCCAGACAAUCAGUUAUGUAUCAUAUAUCUCUAAUGAUACAUAUGGAUUGAUCGAGUCUUGCCCUUUAUCAUUCCAAUAAAUAGUGAAACUCAAUUUAUCUGAAACUCUGGUUUCCCUCCAAAUUAUACAAAAUCCUUUGCCUUUUACACAAAUGCUCUCUUUGAAGGGAUUGAUUACAUUUGAAGCAGUCCCAAGGUAGUGCAAAAGGAAAAUGGGGAACUGCAAAAUCCAGUUCCUUCAAUCUUUCUGACUUUGAAUUGCCUUUGUAUCCUUAUUUUUACUGUCGUCCUGUCAAUUUCAGUGGUGAUAUAAUUGUGAUGAUUAAUUUUAGGAUAGCUGGGACAAGAAUUCAGUAGUGGGAAGAAAGGAAAAUUUCUUUUGCCUCCCACAGUGAAAAAUAUAGUUACAUGCCAACCCAAUCUCAGAGUGGUGAGAAAAUCCAGGGGUUCCACACAUUUACCCAGAUUCUGUUUCCUUGGAAUGAAGGUCAGUGGAGACACUGAUGUCUCUAUGAUAUACAGUUUUAUUUACACAUACAUAUGCAACCUGAGCAUAAGAUGGAGGGCCUCACACAGCAUCAACACCCCAACAGUAUCUGUUUUUUCCAGUGCCAUCAAGAUCAAGGAAGCCAAGAUCCGGGAUGGGAUAAAAUCAACAAUUUCCCCACUCCACUACAUGGUGCAACCUUCCCCAGUGCCUGAUAAUGAGCUACUUUGAAGCCAGGUUGAUCAUUUAACUUUCUGCCCUGAGUUUAUCCCCCCUCUUCCUUCCAAAAGCUGAUUGGGUUUUGAAAUCUGGGCUGAGGGAAAGGCGUAUGUAAGUGUUCUAAUUUCUUGGAGACUUGGUGGUCUGUAGUUGGAAGUAGAGAAAUUUGAUUCAGUUCACAUUUAAAGGCAAAUCUAUCUAAGUUGAGUUUUCCAAAACAAUACAUGAAUUGAAACACAACGGUCCUGCAAAAUUUGCACUUCUCUGAAUCUGGCAAUUCAGUUCCCCAGCCAAGUAAUGUAUAACAACAACAACAACAGGAGCAACAACAACAUUUUUAUUUAUUUAUACCUCUUGCAUCUGGCUGGGUUGUCCCAGCCACUUUGGGCAGCUUCCAACACAAAAACAUAAUAAAAAAUGAAACAUUAAUUGUAACAAUCUGAUCCAAUAUUAAAGUCACAAUAACUUUAAAAUAAACAACUUAUAUCAAAUAUAUACAUAUAUCAAAAAGCAUAUACAAGUGUUACAUGUGCUUAAAAUGUACACGUUAGUGAAAAUAACAUGCAAAAACACAUUAUAUUAGGAAAACAUUCUUUGCAGAAAGGUGUAUAUUAGGGGAAAUUGUCUACACUAAAAUUCUGGUGCAUUUUUUGAAGGCUUUAAAAAAUAAUAGUUGGAAACUGACCUGGAAAUGUGGAGAGCCAAACUUAAGAAAAAUGAGAAAAUCAGAUAAUUUGAAAAUGAUGGCUUCUACCAUCUGUAGCUGCAAAACAAAAAUCCAGCAGCCACUUGAAAAUCUGGACUAGGAGAGCCUGGUAAGGCUGAAUAACUGCCAAAUGGAGGCUAUGAUCAGGCAUAGCAAUUAGCAACUAGGCAAUUAGAACUGCCAUACACCAUAAGCUUUUUUUAAAAAGUGGCUGUCCUGUGGUUAGCAAUCAUGAAAGCAGAACAGAUCCUGUCAUCUCCAAAAAUAUUUUGGAAGCUCAAAAUCUAUUGUGGCAUUGUUAAUAGGAGGCAGGGCUUGGAGUAUGUGUUCAAUGGAACUUCCAAGUAAAGAAAAAAGGAGAGUAUUGUAGCACCUUAAAGACUUAACAAAUUUGUGAUGACAUAAGCUUUUGUGGCCUGCAAGUUGCUUCAGCAGAUAAAUGAAGAUAAACAAAUAACUGUGCCUAGAGCUCAUUUUACACCUUCAGUUUAUUUAUCUGGCUGCAAUGGUGUGAAUGGGAGGCUUUUUGCCACCUAUGCUCAUCUCUCUGCCAGAGAGGAACUUCGUAAUACAGUUUUCACGAUUGUGUGCUUUGUUCGGUACCAGAUAAGCAUUUGCUGAGGAUGAUGUUGAACAAUUUGCUGAGGCGGCUGUUCACAUAGAUACUACUGUACCCAAAGUUCUACAGAGUGUGUUAAUUUUUACAAAUAGGCUAAUUAAAUUCAUUUGCUCCUAUCUUGAGAAAGAUGGUUGUUGUUGUUUAGUCGUUUAGUCGUGUCCGACUCUUCGUGACCCCAUGGACCAGAGCACGCCAGGCUCUCCUGUCUUCCACUGCCUCCCGCAGUUUGGUCAAACUCAUGUUCGUAGCUUCGAGAACACUGUCCAACCAUCUUGUCCUCUGUCGUCCCCUUCUCCUAGUGCCCUCAAUCUUUCCCAACAUCAGGGUCUUUUCCAAGGAUUCUUCUCUUCUCAUGAGGUGGCCAAAGUAUUGGAGCCUCAGGUUCAGGAUCUGUCCUUCCAGUGAGCACUCAGGGCUGAUUUCCUGAGAUGGUUAACAAUUUCCAAAGUGCCAUUCUGUUGUGUGUUGCCUACCUGCCAUGGCUGUUGUUUGAAUCAGAAUCGCCUGAAUUAGAGUUUGUGCUGGUAUGCCACAGUACCCUAGAUGUUUGAUAGUUCUAGCAGUAUUUUCAACUGUUGAUAGUGCAAACCAAAGGGAUGUUGGGCCUUCCAGUGGUAUUUGCAUGGUAGUUUGAAAAAAGUGAUGUUUGACUUUGCUCAGACAGCUAACAGUGAUUUCUUUUAAAAAUUAUUGAGUUGUCCAAUUAUUUCUGUCACAGACAAAAUAUUUAUUAAUCCAGGAGAAGCUUCUGUUAGCAGAAAGGGGUAUGUGAGGUAAUUUUACACUGAUGCCCUUGCUGCAAUCUGCUCCAGAAUAUCUGUGGAGGGGACAUCUAGAAACAGUGUGGAAGGCAGUAUGAGAGACAAUAGGAGAAUUUAUAAACAUCUCCCCAACCCAGCUUCAGUCAAAGAGCCUUCUGUCAUGGAUCUGUACAUGCUGCCAUGAUUAACAGGAAGCCAUGAAAGAGUCAGAAGCUGGAAAGAGGAAGCUACUACUUAAAGGCACAAUAACCCUGAAAGCCCGGUAUAGUGUUUUGCUUGCUCAUACUGAAAAGGCUUGCACUACAAUUGUGCUGUGAAUAAUAGGGGGAAAAUCACCAGGGGGACAGGACAACAAUACCACAGAAAACAAUGGAAUGCAACUGCUCGAUAAUUAUGCCAUUUGUGUUUUUGUUGUUGCUUAUAAACAGUGAGUGAGCAAGGAAUGGCAAUUUCAGACUAAAUUGCUAAUGCAGAAGGCAAGCAGCCAACCACAUGCUUAUAUUCCAAUAGCCGGCAUCUCCCAAUCUAAGGGAAUGGGAUACAGAUACAGGAUAAAAUUUUCUCAGUUUACUUUGUCUCAAGAGGACAUAGAUUUGCACAGAAUUUAUAUAUGCUAAUUUUAGAUGCAUAGAUGCAUCUAAAUAAUUGGUAUAAUUUAAACAGAAAUACUGUGAAUCUCAUCAUAGUGUGCAUGCUCAGUCUUCUGUCCAGGUACUAACUGUUGAUGGUCCCUGAACUUUCUUUUCAUGGUUCUUUAUCUUGAAACUAGACUUAGCCCUUUGCCUCUGUAAAGCAGGACAUAUCCAGCUAAGGAUUUCUGCAUGUGCAAUGGAACUUCUUUUUACCCCCUCUUUUUACUCUCCGUCCUCCCUAAAUCUGCUCUGGAGGGUUGGGAAUAACCCCAAAUUUAGUGGGGCAGGUGGGUGGAGUGGGGAAUUCCACUGUACAAGCAGAAAUCCUUGUGGUGACUGAAAGAAUUACUUGGAUACUGUCCAUGGCCAUACUAUACCAAACAGAACUAGAAGCAGCAACCUUGUCCAGCGGUGAACCUUGGUGGUCUCAAAUUUUGGUGACACCCUCACCUCUCACCUUCCAUUCUACAUCAUUGUUGUGGCUUCUCCUGCAGCACCCUCGAGCCUCUGCACCCAGUGCAACCAAACCGGUUAUGAUUCCCCAAAUCCACCUCUGCCUUGUUACUCACUCAUGCUGUGUUACCUCCAGUCAGGGACUUUCAGCCUCAGUCUGCGUUUCUUGGCUUUCCUUUUCCAGCAGUCAACAGUCUCUUCCUGCACAGAGGAGGAGGCAUGGCUGCAGGAAAAACAGGGAAAGAUGUUUAGCUGAGCCAUGUUCAUCUGCUCUCAGACGACUGCUCCAAUUCUCCCUGGCUGGUGGCAGCACCGAGCAACUCCCCCCUAAGUGCAUGCUUGUGUUACAGGGAUUUCAUUGCAGCAGGAGGGCAGAGGAGAAAUAGUUUGUUUACUUAGAUUUUGGCUUGGCAGUGCAUGCAUAUAGUUGUUGUUGGUUUUUAAACAUGAUCAAAAAUUUGGGCUUUCAGGGGUGGGUGGGACAGUGAGUGAUUAAUAUGUGACAGGACUUGGGCAAUCUUGGAUGCCCUGGGCAAAUUGGGGACAGUGGAACAGGUGUUAAUGUGCAUUAGUUUUUAGCAUGACUGCUAAGUGGAAACAGGGUUGACUUUUUUUGCACACACAUCUGGCAACUGGCUCAGCUGGACCAGGUAGGCAAUCCUGUCUGUCGGGAAUCCUAAGCCAAGAAUAGGCACUAGAAUUCUCUAUAAUGUGCCAAGGUUUUUCAGUGCACAAGGUGAUGUGGAACAGCCAUGCUCAAUAUUACUUGGUGUAUUUUUUAAAACCAUUUAUUCCUUUGAAACAUCACGGAUUUGUGCGUGGAUGUUUUAGGAAGGGAUGAAGAAGCUCCAAGGAGUCUGUGUCUCAGGUAGCCAGAGAUUUUAUUGACUUCAUAGCAUUAGGAGAUGCAAUGGUGGAAAAUGAGGUCUGCUACUCAUAUAGGUCUUCCUACUUCAUUUGGGGGGCUUUAUCUUUCAGGAUCUGCCGCCCACCCAGAGCGGUAAUGUUUUCACUGUACUGAAUAUCUGAGCUGCUUCUGACUAUGGUAUUUCAAGCAUGGAAAGGAAAACAUUUGGCCUCUGACCCAACUGCUUGUUAACAACACAGCGGCCUACGUUGCUGAAAUGCCGCGGCUAAAACAGUCCUGGUGAUUCAGUUGCUCAUUGGCCUUGCCAUUCAAACUCCUGCCCUUAUUUGCAACGCUUCUCCAAUCUGCAGAGGCUGUGGCGCUGCUGCAGUGCCUAUUAAUGGGCUGCUUCUCCUUUUUGAGGCUGUGUGUCCUUGUCACAGAGACUAAGGGCCUCGAUGUCGCCUCUGUCUUCUGUCCAUUAGCUUGCUCAAAACAGAAAGGGCAGAACUUCACAGCUUGCUGUUGUGCUCAAAAAUGUUUAAAAAUUAGGAGCUACCUGACUCUGUUGCCCUGGGGGGAAACUUCAAUGAGAAGAUCAGCAGCAUCAGACAAAUGUCCGUGAUAGACAGUUUGCCUGUUGCUGCCAAUCUUCUUGUGCAAUGCGUAGUCACAAGAGAACAUUGAGUGUGAUCUAGGGCACACUUUCACACAGAUCACAGUUCAUGUGAUAUAGCAAUGAGGCUCAACAGGCCUAGCCAGUGUCUUACAUGAAUUUAGCACCCAUCCUAGAACACUCCCCCUUAUCCUCAGCAGGCAAGUAAAUGUGGAGAAGAGUUUCUGAAGGGCACCAAGGUGGUUUUUGUUUUGUUUUUUUAAACUACAUUAGUCAGACCUAAAGCAGUAAUGUCUCCUCAUUUUGGGCAAGAUGCUCUCAGUGAACUUACCCUCCUCAGUACUAUUGCUGUUAUCUGUCUGCAUGCUGUCUUCCUUUGAGUCCAAUCGGCUGGUCAUGGAAAGCUGGGAGGACACUCCACCAGAAAGCUGGGCAAGAACUUCAUUCUCUCUCUUAAACGAUGCAAAACAGGGGGAAAAACAACCACCCAAAAGUCCCGACUUUGUCCAGAUGCAACUAAGUUCAGUGCUGCCUAGUGAUAUAACUGUGUAACAACACUGACUUUUGUUUAAAGAAACAAUUAAAUAGCCACAGGUGAAUCUUCGGUUAGUUGAGAUAUUCAGCCGCUCAUUUCUAAAUCUUGAGAAGCAUUCUGAAUGACACAACUAGAGCGAGUGAUGAUCCGAGUCACAGUAUUGCUAUCGGUUGUACAAGGUGGCUGAUGCAGAAUCUCAGCAGGUGAACUUGGGUUUUGAGGUGCUGCUUGUGGCAUUUGGUCAGCGCUUGCCCACACAUGAGGCAGUCAGAAGCAGCUGCUGGGGUUGUGUAGCAAUGACAGUGGCAGCAGUUUCUUCUCAUGAGUUCCGGCGACAUCUUGCUGGAAGCCACUGCCACAGAGGGGAAUUCACCUUUGACUGGGGUCCAUCAACUUCCCAUUUCACCUCAGGUGGUGAAAUGGGGCAGACCGCCCCUGCAUUUGGUGACUGUACUUAUCAGAGUUAGGCAGAAGGUGUUUGUUUCCGUUAAGUAAUUCAGUCUCAGCAGAAUAUAAUGUGGGUGUUUCAUUCCACCUCCCUUGUAUAGGAGCUGGCGUUUGACAGGUCUCUUCUCCAUCAGUCUGUAUAUAAACUUUCUCUCCUGGCUCUAAAUGAAGUAGCUCUCAUAAUGUGUUGCUCUGGUUAUAUAAAGGCUCAUAACCUCUCAUAGCUUUGUAAUAUGAAGAAGCAACUUUUUCCAGGUCAGGUCACUUGGGAAUAAGAUUCUUAUCUAGGGUUCGAAUGGGUGUCUUGCCUUCCUAUUAGCAGCUCUGCUGGGCUAUAUCCAGAAGCUGUUGGUGGUGGUGUUGACCUGUAGCUUAAAAGAGCAACAUGUAGGUCAUUCUGUCUCAAGAUUUUCAUUGCCAUCUGUACUGCUGCCUCUGCUCACUGUUGGCUUGAGGAUAGUGAUGGCUAGUGGCAAUGCUGCAAAAGCUGUAAGGCGUCUGGAAUGACUGGAAUUCUGCUACUACAAACUGGAGUUUCAAAUGCAAGUUCAUCUGGAAUGCCAAAAUGAAGAAAAGUAUUUCUUCUGUUGUGCAAUUAUGUUGUGGCAGUUACUGCAAGGCAAAAAGCGUACCUCAAUGCACCUUGAAUACAGUGGUACCUCGGUUUAUGAACACAAUUGGUUCCGGAAGUCUGUUCAUAAACUGAAGCGUUCAUAAACUGAAGCGAACUUUCCCAUUGAAAGUAAUGGAAAGUGGAUUAAUCUGUUCCAGAUGGUCCGCGGAGUACUUAAACUGAAGUGUUCAUAAACUGAAGCAAACUUUCCCAUUGAAAAUAAUGGAAAGUAGAUUAAUCCGUUCCAGACGGGUCCGCGGAGUACUCAACCUGAAACGUACUUAACCCGAAGCAUGGGUGUAAUUGGUUCCGGAAGUCUGUUCAUAAACUGAAGCGAACUUUCCCAUUGAAAGUAAUGGAAAGUGAAUUAAUCUGUUCCAGAUGGGUCCGCGGCGUUCGUAAACCGAAAAUUCGUAAACCGAGGUGUUCAUAAACCGAGGUUCCACUGUAGUAGUCUACAACAACCAAAUAGUGUCAACCUUCGCGUUCACACAGGUUAACUACUAGCUUUUUCCAAGGCCUUUUAGAUAAGGAUGUGAUAAAAGUUCCUCCUAUUGUUUUGAUUUAUUUCUUCUGGAGUACUAACAGGGUAAGAUUUUGUAUUUUUCUAUCAUUUCCAAUACCAGCCACAAUACUGUGUGCUUGAUUUGCUUGUGGCAUUUGGUUAGAUAUUGAUUUCCCUGGUGAUAAAGAAGAUUUAUUUCCUCCUAGAUUGCGGUUCAGUGUUACAGUUCUGUUUUGUUAUGAGGCUUUCCAAUUCACUCAGUUCAGGCAGCAAAGUACUUUCUAGUCGACUUAGAAGCAUUGCUGAAAUGCUUAGGCCAUCCUGAUCUGAUUUAGUUUAAGACUUUUUGAUGUUCUGGAUUUCUGUGAGCAGUUGCAUUUGAAGCCUCUUCAGAGCCUGGUAGAGAAGUGUGCAAAGCAUUAAUGUAUGGUAAGCUUUAACUUCAUCCAUGUGGUGCUUUGUGUUUAGGUGAAAGCAAGCAAAUCUUUCUUUCCAUUCGGGAUUAUUAAGCUGAAGUUCACACUGGUGCAGGGAACUGUGCCGUUUUCUUUGUGUUGUUAGGAGUUUGUGAGUUUAAAAGUUGACUUCUGACACCGUAUCAAUGAAGGCUUAAGAAGACACCCCAGCCAGGAACUGAGACAAUAAUUUAAUUGUAUCUUUUGGCUCCAAGACAGAAGAGCAGCAGAAGGUGCCUAACUAAACCCAGAUACAACUAAGUCCAGUGCCACCUGGUGACAGAACUAUAUCAUGACACUAUCCAUACACUGUCCAGCCACCCAGAGGGAGGGGGUUAAGCAAGCAGGGGAUGUUUCUCCUCCUCCUGAUUGUUCACUUACAGGGGGAAAUUGAACAGGCAACAACAACAAUGAGGAGGAUUGGGACGAUCAGACACUCCAGUGGUUGGCAACAGGUCCCUUGUUCAGGUGUGGGCUUCAACAGGUACCCAGGACUCUAGACCUGAUAACUGGUGCUGGCGGGGGGUGGGUGGACAGUGCCCUUGCUGACAAGUAGCCCUGCAUAUCUGGACCCCUAUAGGAAAUUUUAGCAGAGCCGUACAUUUAGAAAAUAAAAUAAAGCUGAAGUCUUAAGCAUGCUUACUUGAAAGUUAACUUUGUCACACAAUAAAUAGGACUUGCUCCACAGAAUUAUGUUUAAGAUGGGAUAAUUAAAGUGUAUGUUCCAUUAUUUCUAUUUUAGAAAUGUAAUGCGGGGCAAAGGCCCCUACCUCCACGGAUGCUCUUUGUCCGUUCCUAGGUCGCCUCAAUCUCUCUCUCACACACCCCAGCACCUCCACUGUUCUGAAUGCUGGUGAAUGUCAGGUGAAUACUCAUCAGCCCUAGGUAAUGAACUUUCUGCUUAGGGGAUGCUAGCACAUUGGGGAAGGGCUGUAGCCUAGAAUAGACUAGUCUCCUUUCUGAUGUGCUAGCUUUUCACAGGCAGGGUAUUUUUAACGUGGGAGGAGUAUUCAGGCAUGCAGUUCCCUCUCCGCCCACCUGCUGCCUUAAGUGGUAAAGUAGUGCGAAGGCAAUAAAGCAUUUCACCACAACCACCCCUUGGAGUGUGAAUUUCCCCUAGUUAUCCCCUUUAUGUUGGUGCAAGACUAUCAGCAGGCCAUUUUUCAGCGUAGACUUAAACAUGCUUACUCAAGACUAAGACUUGCCAUUUCCCAGAGGGACUUGCUCCCUAGUAAACAUGUUUUCGGAUUAUAGCUUUAGUACUUGCAUGUUACAUGGAACAUGGAAAUGUGUAGAGUGAGGACUGUGGCUCCAGCAAGGACAGUUCCUGCAUCUUUUCCAUUUGCAAGGGUUGAUUCACAAGUUCCUUUUUAUAAACUAAAAAGUAUGUGUGUACACACUUGCACAUAGUGAUCAGGGGAUUUAGAGCCAUUGAUCCAUGUUAUCCAAGCUGAGUAAGCUGUGCAGGUUCUGGACCAUUGCCUGGAUGCAGUGGUGGGUUGGAUGAGGGCCAACCAGCUGAGGCUGAAUCCCGAUAAGGUAGAUAGAGGUCCUUUAGGUAGGUGUUUAUUGUACUCAGGAAUUAGAUGUGUAACCUGUUCCAGGUGAGGUUGCAUAGUGUGGGGUGCUUCUAGUUAAAGCCACAAUAUGAAAUCAUGAAAAAAGGGCAGAUAAAACAAUAUACAGUAAAUAUGGAAAAAGAAACAAGCCAGUACAGCAACAAAUGAAAACAAGUACUGAAAAGCUACACACACCCAAGCAGGUCUUUAGCUGUCAAUGGAAACUCAAAAGAGUCGGCACAAGCUCUGUCUCUGAAGAGAGGGCAUUCUAUAGUUGUACACUCUAUAGGCAGACUCGGGAGUAUUUCUUCCAUAGAUAACUUGACUGAGACCUGAUUUCUCCCCCCCCCCCCAUUUGCAUCUUCCACAGAGCAGAUUAUUUUUUGAGGUGAUAAUGGACUGUCAGUGGAGUGAGCAACUUCUGCUGUGCAAUGUGACUUCCCCUCUUCUCCCCCUCUGUGCACCCUAAAUCUGUUCUGGAGUUCCCCCCCUGGAUUUGGGGGUGGUGCGGAGUGUGCAGGGGUGAGGAGAGUGGGGACAAGUCCCACCAUCCAAGCAAAAUAAUCUUUUUCCCUUUCAGUAGCACCUUAGAGACCAACUAAGUUUGUCAUUGGUAUGAGCUUUUGUGUGCAUGCACACUUCUUCAGAUACCAUCUAAAGAAUUUUUUUUAUUUUGUUUCUACUACGUCAGACCAACACGGCUACCUAUCUGUAACAUCCAAGCAAAAGACAUUCCGCUCUCUCUCUCUCACACACACACACACACACUCACAUAUAUAAAAUCUCCCCACCAUUUUAUAUGUAACUUGCUCUGGGGCGCAAUAAGUAAAUAGAUAAUAUUUCUUAUGAAAGUGACCCCGCUUGGUGAGAGUUGACAUUUACCAUGUCAGGUAGCAUACCGGUAGUGCUGUGGUAAGUACCAUUUGUUCAUGGGGUGUUUGUGUGCACUGACAGAGCAAUUUUUAAAAUGAAAUUAAUGGGGUUUCAUGGUGACCUAACUUUUGACAGUUCCUUGGUAACGAGUCUGUGGGCAUACAAAGUCUCACACUUGUGCUGUACAAUUUGCAGUUUUUCUUCCUGAUGUUCUCUGCAAGAGCUUUCCUGGGCUCGUGGAGUCCUUACCUAAUAUAGCUCUCUUUGCAUAAGUGUGCACCUGUCACAGCCAUAGAUUGGAAUGGAGGGACUAGGCUGCUCAGAGCUCUUUCCUUGCCCUGCCUAUUUAGCCUGGCUAAGCACAUAGGAGGGACCCAGGUGGCGCUGUGGGUUAAACCACAGAGUCUAGGGCUUGCUGAUCAGAAGGUCGGCGGUUCGAAUCCCUGCAAUGGGGUGAGCUCCCAUUGCUUGGUCCCAGCUCCUGCCCACCUAGCACUUCGAAAGCACAUCAAAGUGCAAGUAGAUAAAUAGGGACCGCUCCGGUGGGAAGGUAAAUGGCGUUUCCGUGCGCUGCUCUGGUUCGCCAGAAGCAGCUUUGUCAUGCUGGCCACAUGACCCGGAAGCUGUCUGCGGACAAACGCUGGCUCCCUCGGCCUAUAGAGCAAGAUGAGCGCCGCAACCCCAGAGUCGGACAUGACUGGACCUGAUGGUCAGGGGCCCCCUUUACCUUUAAGCACAUAGGAGAGCACCAGCCUGCUGUGACUAAAUCCUAAAUGGAGGAAUUCCUUUCUUGUGGUGAAGGUUUCAGUAAGACCUGUCAAGGUCUGAGAAAAGCCUGAGUGUCACUAGCAAUCCACUUGACGCUUUGCCUCUCAGCAAGGGCUCAUGGAGGAUAUUGUUUUGUGUUUGUUUCCUUAGGGACCACCAUGCAAAAAUUGGGUGUUCCAGGCCUUUGGGUCAUAGCCAUACUUAAGAAUGGAAAGAGAGUGGUUGGCUGGUCUUUCAUUAGAGUUAGUACAGUAUUAGCCUGAGGACCUAUCACUUCUUAGGGUCACAGCAGGUUGAAGAAAUGCUGGUACCCUGACCACUAUGGCAGAUCCUGGAGGAUCUUGCAGAACUUGAUUGAGCAGAUUAUAUGCAAAGCCACGGCUCACUAUACUGUAUAGGUGUGGCUUGGUAGAUUCAUGGCCAGCAUCUCUUGCACUUUCAACAUUAAAAACCCUUUCUUUAAAAUAAGCAGGUACAUAAUUGGCUGUGCAAAAUACUUAUGGUCGGUCUGGCACUGGUAAAUACCAAUAGGAGCUGUGGCCUACUCCAGUCUGUUCAAAUUCAGUGGUUCCAGGGAAGCCUCCUUGCACAGAACUGUGUUCUGUGUUUAGUAACUGAAGCCUUCUAUGUUUUUCAUGGUUAUUUAAAGCCUCUGAUAAGCGAGGAGCUAAAGAUAGGCUCUUCAGCUGGCCCAAGGAACAUGUCACAGUGGGAGGCCUGCCUUGGGGUUCUCUCUGAAUCCCAAACACAAAGAGGAAGAUGUGGCUCAUAGCUUACAAGAGAGGGAGUGUGCUGAGUUUCUCCCUGGCAUUGGAAGCCAGCUGGGCAAGCCUUCUCACACAAGAGCCUUAUCUUCUUGCAGCAGGGCUUCCUAGAAUUUCUGGUUGUGAGCACGAAGGCUCCUGGCACUUAAAGCUGUUAGUGCCAGGAGCCCCUUGUCUCUUGCCUCCCCAGAAUGUCGCCUCCCUCCCACACCAUGCCCAAAUGUGAGACUUCUGGGUAUAAGUGAGUCAGUAUGUUUAUGAGCAGGGUAGCAGAAAGUGGUGAUUUUGCAACUGUGAGUGUCUGGGGCAAUAUUUGCCUUAAAACCAUUGGGAGCCCAAAUAGCAGUAAAAUAUUGUUACAGAAGGGGGUGGGAGAAUCCCCUUAAAUACGAAAAUUAAUAAAUGAUAGGAUUUGGGGUUAUUUGUGACAUGAAGAGACAAUAUCAGAUGCCUGGGUGGCCAAACUAGGGCCAUUAAGAGAGCCAUUGUGGGUUGUGAACAAGACAAUGGCACUUCUAGCCCCAGGUGUGACUAGAGACUGGAGAUUUGGAAGGUUGCCAGGGUAACUGCUUUAGGGGAGGGCAAGGGGCUUCUGGGAAGAAGAAAGGGGGAGAAAGAAGGACUGCCUCUAAUGCUUUAGGCCAUGCUGUAAGAUCUGGACCCCCUCCAUGCAGACUGAAGGUGUAAUUAUGUGAAUAAACCCAUAUUUCUUAAAGGUUGACAGUCUCCGCCAUGUCUUCCAUUCUCAAAAGGGACAUAGACAAUGUGUGUGUGCUUGUGGCCCCAUGCACUCCUGCCACUGCUUAGCAGAGAGAGCGGUGGGCACUGGGCUUUUAUAACAAUAUAUAACAGUGCAAAAUGAAAGAGAAAUUCAGUUUUUUUUCUGCAUACUGUAUACAUGUUUAAGGUAAAGGGUAAAGGGACCCCUGACCAUUAGGUCCAGUUGUGACCGACUCUGGGGUUGCGCGCUCAUCUCGCAUUAUUGGCCGAGGGAGCCGGCGUAUAGCUUCCAGGUCAUGUGGCCAGCAUGACAAAGCCGCUUCUGGCAAACCAGAGCAGCACAUGGAAACGCCGUUUACCUUCCCGCUGUAGCGGUUCCUAUUUAUCUACUUGCACUUUGACGUGCUUUCAAACUGCUAGGUUGGCAGGAGCUGGGACCAAGCAAUGGGAGCUCACCCCGUCACAGGGAUUCGAACCACUGACCUUCUGAUCAGCAAGCCCUAGGCUCAGUGGUUUAACCACAGCACCACCUGGGUCCCCGUAUCCAUGUUUAGGAUUGCGCUAUUAGUGUUGUUCACCUGUCAUUAUGAUGGCCCACAAGAAACCCCCCAAAUUCGCUAUUAGGGCAAAAUGUUGCAAAAUAAUGGGACACUUUGAUUGGAUCCAAGGGAAAAGGGAGCAAAUGUCCACCAACAAUUGUUAGUAGUUGCUCUAUGUACAGUAGUUCAUAGCAUCACUGAGUUAAAAGGAAUUCAGUUUGACCUAUAAUUAAAGUUUCACUGAAAGGUGCUAGUCCAGUUUUCUUUUUAAAACCUUAGGGGAUGAGAAUUCCAUCCAGAGGUGCAUGAAUUUCAAUUGUUUGGAAACAAAAAAUACUUGUUUGGCAGCCACUGUGUGUCUGAGAAGCCUGGUAGCUGUUUCUUCAAGGCAAAGUGCAGCAGACAUGUGUGAUUUGUAGGAAAGAAGCAACAGGCAAGAGAAGGGUGCUUCCCCCCAGUUGAAGAUUCCGCAGCGAGUCCUGCUGCUAUCACAAAGGAAGCGUCUUGGUUUCACUCCAUGCAAGAUUUCUUUUGUGAUAUUCAUUCAUUCAGUGCUUUGCCCCUCAACGAGGCCAAACUUAGAUUCACAGAAUGCUUAGGUGUAUGCGUACCCCUGCGUCCCCCCAGAAAAAAAGCACUGCAUGCAUUCAUUCAUAUUAAAUUGCUUGUUUCAUUUAUUAUGCCAAUGAACUGUGAAAGGGAAACAGUCAGAUUCUGGUUCCUGUGGAGUUUAAGGGCUGACAAUACUCCUAUUUUAAUAAUUUUUGUGCCCACUACUUUGAACUGAUACACAACAUGUGCAUUUUGUAGUUUGUCUUAGGAGCGCACGCACACAAAUAUCUUAUGAAGUAGCCCUCAUUUGUACAAAUGAACUUGGCAGGUACCAAAGACCAGAGGGUCUUUUUUAAAAAAAAUCCAAGUUCUAUUUCCAUUCCAAGGGAUGUGUUUAUAGAUAGCUGUGCCUUUACUAUAUGCAAACUCAUUAGGAACUCUGGGAGUAUAGUGCUCUAAUUGUUAACACAGAAAAGUUGGAGUUCCUUGUGUGAGAGGGGGUUAGUUUGAGUGUAGCUGCAUACCUGGCUCAAACCUCUAGCAUCUCUGGGGGAGGGCUGUGAGGGGAAAUUUUGACUGAACUUUGAGAAUCUCAGCUUACAUCCUAAAAUGGAAAGUUGUGUGUGUAGUGGUGGAUUUAAAAUGUUAUUUCCCUAUGUAUCCUGACUGUUUCUCAGUCACAGCUGGUUUAUUUUUUGUACCAUACUAACAACUUCACCAAAUGGUUCCAGGGUGGGUUACAAAAAAUGCCACAAUUAAAAGAAAUACUGUGUACAAUAAUAAAAUGAAAACACACCAAAAAACAACCAAUAUCAGAAUAAGGAAGCAGCAGCACAAAACAGCAAUGCACAGAAAUGCAGGAGGAAGGAAGACAACCACUCAGCAAAACGCCUGGGCAUAAAGAGUGUGUCUUGACUAGGGAUGGUGGAGAAUUUUGCAAUAAUCUAACUUGUUACUGAGCUCUGCAACAGCUCACUUACUAAGGGAAUCCAUUUCCACGUGAGUGCUAGUGACCUUGAACAAUAUUUUUUUUAAUCCUCUUUUUUUAAAAAAACAACAACAUUAACAACAGUAUUUUCAAACCCAGGAAAUUCUUAACAAUGAUAUGUUAUACUAACUACUGUGUUUGUUGCCAUAUUACCAUCUGAUUAGAUGUGCUAACAUGUGUAUUCCUUGAACUUGAUUUUAUUGAAGUGAUGGUGGUGGCCAUUAACAUUCAUUGUUGUGUUUCUUAUCCUAUUUCCCUACCUACAGUGUGUCUAUGUUUAAGGCAGUAGUGGGUAAUGGAAGCAUCUUUAAAAACACAAAUGGCUAAAAUCUGAAUGUAACAUUUUUUAUAUAAAAAUGCUUACCAGUACUUUUAUUUGUUUAUUUAUUUAUUUAUUUAUUUAUUUCACUCUUUUGUGUUUUCAAUCAUCUUGCUUGUGUUUUGGGUUCUGCUAUACAGGAUUUUGGGUUCUGCUAUAUAGGGACGCGGGUGGUGCUGUGGUUGAAACCACUGAGCCUAGGGCUUGCCGAUCGGAAGGUCGGCGGUUCAAAUCCCUGCAACGGGGUGAGCUCCCGUUGGUUGGUCCCAGCUCCUGCCAACCUAGCAGUUCGAAAGCACGUUGAAGUGUAAGUAGAUAAAUAGGUACCGCUCUGGGGGGGAAGGUAAAUGGCGUUUCCAUGCGCUGCUCUGGUUUCGUCAGAAGUGGCUUAGUCAUGCUGGCCACAUGACACAGAAAAACUGUCUGUGGACAAAUGCCGGCUCCUUCGGCCAGUAAAGCGAGAUGAGUGCCGCAACCUCAGAGUCGUUCACGACUGGACUUAACUGUCAGGGGUCCUUUACCUUUACCUUUUUAUACAGUAAUAGCCAAAGUAAAUUAUUCCCCCCCCCCCCGGGAAAAGUAAAUAAAGCAAGCUUUGCAAAGUGUGUGUGUGUGUGUGCGUGUGUGUGUGUGUGUGUGUGUGUUAUCCUCCAGUUUCUCUGCCAUAAUCCAAAAUAUUUUGCAGAUUAUCAUAUAUUCUUCUGCAUGUUGCUGUUCACAGCUUUGCAUGUAGGAAGGGAAAGUGAGGGAGAUGAUUGGAUUUGUUGUGGAAUUAUAAUGGUUGUUUCCCCGUUGGGAAUGCCUUGCUUAUGAUCUGUGUCAUUCACACAAAGACCAAUGACUUAAAAUCUUUUGAAAUAAAUAAUAAAUAAAAAAAUCAUCCAGUAGCACCUUAGAGAGCAGACUUAGAGACUUAGAGUUAGAAACUAAGUUUGUUCUGGGUAUAAGCUUUCGUGUGCAUGCACACGUCUUCACACUUCUACCUACCUGAAUUUAAAAUCUUUUGUUUUAUUUCCCACCUUAAGUAAAUAAGGUGGCAGGUCUGCCAUCAUGAUAUCCAUAAUGUAAGAGGUGGUCAUGCCUCUAAAACAAUGACAUUAUUUUCACAAAUCGCCAUACUGACUUGAGAUUAUACAAAUUUAACAAACCGCGAAUUGCAGUGGACCAAGCUUGAGUAAUGAUAACGCGAUCAAAAGAUGAACAGGUAGGGAACAGCAAACUACAUCCCUAGUCUUGAUCAAUCAUGAAAAACACGGUACAAAGUACACUUCAUAGGGGAAGUAAUUCCAUAACGUGGGGGCCACGACAAAGACCUUCCCUGCUACCAACCCUAAAACUACAGAAAGUGGUGGCACUACCAGCAAAACCUCCGCUGCUAAUAUUAACACCUGGGCAAAUCAGUGCAAGGUUUGAAGGUAUGGGAGGUGCCUCAGAUCUGGGGCAAAGAAACCAGGCAAUUAGUUUCCGCUGCCCCAGAUGCUUUGAGUGAUUGAAGUGGAACAGGAAGACCUCCUCCUGCUCCUGUUUGCUGGAGCAUCACCCACACAUCUCUGUACCGGCAGCAUUUGGGAGUGAUGGCAAAGUUUUUAAGUUCUUCUACUUAUUCCUGCAGGCAUGUCAAACCCAGCUAAAGUUGUAGGCGCAAGUAUGGGAAGGAGAAAAUGUGGCUCUUUUCAUUGACUCUGUGGGAGGUGCAGCGUAGACUUGCUGGCACUGGCAGCUCCCAACUCAUGGUGUUUGGGUUGUUUGUUUAGCCCCACCAGUGAUGUCUUGGUCACAUUUAAAAGAAUGAGCUAAGCAGCCUUGCAGUUUUGCAACUUCCUCUCCCCACGGCUGCUGAGCACUAAAUUAAAAGCGAGACCCUGAAAAAUGAGGAAAUGCCGGGUGCUGUGUGAGAACUGGAGAGAAAGAGCUUGUUUGGUUACAAGGCGAUGCCGCCGGUCACCUUUCUUUGGGAACUGUGAAAUUCUCUCCUCCUUUCUUUCUUCUUCCUGGCGCACUGAUCGCUAAGAAAGCCAUACCAAAGGGACAUCUGAACGAACACUUCCUCCCAUCCCAUAUGUGCCUUCCCAAUCCUUGAGGUCAUUGGAAGAGGCCCUAUUGUGGGUGCCCCGUCCAUCUAACAGUUGGGAUUUUAAGUGUCCCGUGGGAAACGUUGAUAGAUCCAAAAUACCCGCCAUGGCGUCGCGAAUUGGCUUGCGGAUGCAGCUCAUGCGAGAGCAAGUCCAACAAGAGGAGCAACGGGAGCGCAUGCAGCAGCAGGCAAUGAUGCAUUACAUGCAGCAACAGCAGCAGAUGCCAAUGGCUCCAACCCCUGCCAUCAACACACCAGUUCAUUUCCAGUCACCACCAUCUGUGCCAGGAGAAGUCUUAAAGGUUCAGUCCUUCCUGGAGAACCCUACCACAUACCACCUGCAACGGUCACGAGACAAGAAGGUCCAAGAAUUCCUGUCUGAAACCUAUGGGAACAAGUUUGCUCCGCUGCUCAGUGCUCCGUCUCCUAAGCCUCCUCCUUCUGUCUCGCCUGGCGUGAGGCCAAGCCAUGUCAUGCCCUCCUCCGCCGGCAACAGUACGCCCAACAGCCCAAUGGCAAUGCUCAACAUUGGCUCCAACCCAGAAAGGGAGAUAGAUGAUGUCAUUGAAGACAUAAUGCAGCUGACAACUACUGUGGGGUGCAUUAAUCCAGAAAUUCACAUGCCAAAUACUCUGCCAUUGUCCAGCAGCCACAUGAAUGUGUAUAGCAGUGAUCUUCAGAUGACACCCUCUGUGGUGGGCAUGACCAGCAGCUCCUGCCCAGCAGAUCUGACGCAGAAGAGAGAGCUCACGGAUGCAGAGAACCGUGCACUGGCUAAGGAACGCCAGAAGAAGGACAAUCACAAUCUGAUUGAAAGAAGACGAAGGUUCAACAUCAAUGAUCGCAUUAAGGAACUAGGAAUGCUGAUCCCCAAAGCAGGAGACCUGGAUGUGCGCUGGAACAAAGGGACAAUCCUGAAAGCCUCUGUUGAUUACAUCAGGAGGAUGCAGAAAGACUUGCAAAGGUCACGAGAUCUUGAGAAUCAUUCUCGGCACCUGGAAAUGGCAAACAAGCAGCUCUGGCUCCGCAUACAGGAGCUGGAGAUGCAGGCCCGAGUCCAUGGCCUACCAACUGCUUCACCUUCUGGCAUGAACAUGGCUGAACUUGCUCAGCAAGUUGUGAAGCAAGAAACCCCUGGAGAAGAGGACACAACAGAGAACCAACCUCCACCGCAGCCGCCACUCCAUCCUGAGCAGGAGGCUCAGCAGCGCCAGCCACACUUUGCUCCUCCGCAGUCCCCUUACCACCAGCUGGACUUCACUCAUGGCCUGAGCUUUGACGACAACUCAACAGGCUUCCAUGACCCUCUGGACCCCAGCCAAAACGUCUCCUUCCCUUCCCUGUCCAAGAAGGAGCUGGACUUGAUGCUGAUGGAGGAUACCAUGCUGCCCAUGGCGUCAGACCCCUUGUUCUCUGCCGUGUCCCCAGAAGCUUCAAAGGCUAGCAGUCGCAGAAGCAGCUUCAGCAUGGAGGACACAGAUAUGCUGUGAUGAGAAGCUUCUCUAAGGCAGAAAAGACUUGGAGUCAAAAGAUUGUUUGUUUGUUUUCUGAAGAUUCAUCCCUCUGCCUUAUCCCUGCAGGCUUACUCAAAGGGCAUAGGAGACUGAACAGAGAUGCCUCCUGAACUAGGAGAUUGUGUUUGUGUGCGUGCGUGGGGUAGGAAAUGCUCUGCACAAAGCUCACCCCAGCUCUUGGAAUGUUACCCCCAAGUUUCUCUUCUGCCUUGAUUUGCCAAAAACACACACAAACCCAAGCAGCCUUGCCUCCUCUGCCAUGACCACGGGAUGAUCAUGGUUUUCUUAUGGCCCCUUUAUGGCCUUUCAGAUCCCUGCAGGUGUAUCUCAGGGCCCUGUGCCUUUAAUACUACGUGUCCUGCAGAUCCACUUUGAGCAUUUAUGCAACAAUGUGAUUUUAGUGUUGGGUGGCAGCUUGUCCUGUUUGAGAAGCAGCUUUAACCAAGGCUUGGUGCUAAUCUCUUUUUCUUCUUGAGGACUAGCACAUCCCUUAAGCCUCACUGUGCCCCCACUCCUUUUUAACCACCGCCUUAUGAGAAACUGUUUUUUCUUAAAGGCGGGAUAUAAGUUCGCUAAAUAAAUAAAAUUCCUGCCGUCAUGCCGACGGGAGUAAUGGCCUGCUCCCAUAUUGGGGCUCCUUUCUUUAUACAGUGGUAUCUCUGGUUGUGAACGCUCCGGGUUAUGAGCUCUGCGAACCCGGAAGUAGCCGCUCCUGGUUGCCUUUGCCCCAGGAUGUGAGCGGAAAUCGCAUGGCAGAGGCGCCAUUAGCUAAAGCGUGUCUCAGGUUGAGAACCGUUUCCGGACAUGAACUGACCUCCGGAACAGAUUCUGUCCGUAACCAGUGGUACCACUGUACAGGGCAGGGAUAGACCCUGCAAAAGAUUGUGGUGCUACCACUUAGCAGUGUAGUGCGAUGGGUGGUGAUUUUGUAUCAAUUCUUUGGAGAGAUGGAAGGAUAAUGUGAUUGCUCUUGCAGAGCUUUUGCUAAAGUCAGAAGCCCAAGUGGGAUAAUGGCAGCCUUAAUUAACUUUUUAAUGGCUUUCAAAAUGCGCACUCCAUUAGAUUUCAACUAGACCUGAGUUGUCCAAAGCUCAGCGUGUUGAUGGCUAAUUUUGGCUUGUGUCCAUCCUCCAUUUUAAUCUUUUUGACUGUCAUCCUACAUAGUCAUACAAAGUGCAUGUGUGCACCUCAAUAUAUUUCAAACUAUUGCCAUCAUUCACCUAGCAAAAUGGGUAAGCUGUCUUUCCAUUUAAACCCAUUGCUAGCUGCAACAAAAAAAUCUUGCAAAGUAUCUCCAGCUGCAUGUUUGCUUCUCCCCCACCACCCGUGUGUAUGGCAGUUGAGGACUGAGGCCACAGCCCAUCAAUCUAGCUGGUAGCAGCUCAUUCUGUUGCCCCUUCAUGCUGGAUGUCAUACAUCAGUAACUUUGCUACAGAUGAAUACAUUUUUUUAGAACCUUACAAAUUCCAUCCUGUGUCCCUAAGCCCUCCUUGUCCCGGAAAGGAGCUCAAAGAAUCUUCCUUUGCACCAGUUUAAUUAAGCUUCUUCAGCUAAGCUAGUGCAAACUCUAGUGUCGUUCUGAGCGCAUUUGUUUUAAACUGAUUUUAAUAUUGUCUUUUUAAAUUGCUGUAACCUGCCCCUGGGAGCUUAUGGCAAAGGGCGAGUAAGAAAUCAAAUUAAUCAUAAUAAUAACAAUACAUACAUACAUUCACUCACUCAUGCCUCUUUAUUUUGGAAUGUAUGUGUCACUCUCCCACUACAUCACUACAUGUGCAAAUGUCUGGUGUGCCUAUUUCCUUUUAAGUGGUUAACACAAGUUGGUAGUUUGCACAUGGACUUACACAACUCUCCUGACCUUGCAUUUCCUAUCUUGGACACCCUCUUAUACAAUUCAAAUUAAGAUAGAGACAUUGCAGCAGGGAACCUUCUUUCCCCCCUAUUGUCAAACAAUGUAUGAAUGAGAAAUUUUAUCAGUCCUGAAGGUGUGUGCCUUGGUUUACUGCACAGCUUUAUUUGAGUGUUUUGGCAACUGCUAUCUCCUAGAACUGAUAAGAUCACCAGCUGUUUCUUUUUGCAGCCUAUGUUCCCUGCAUCUCACUCUUCCAGGCAGUCUUGGGCAGGUCUCAGAGUAACUAGAUUUUAUGCCUACCAUCAGUGCUUCAAUGUCUCAGGGCAUUUUGGUCAGGGCUCAAUAAUCCUUCCAGUCACUUAGGAAUUGUGGUGCAUUGCAGGUCCAGCCCAUUAGUGCCUGACAUUAUCUGUCCUUGACCAGCCCCUGGUAGCUGUGGCUGAAUUGUCUGCUCUACAUUUCUUCAGCCCCACUGGUAACUCAGGAAGUUCAAAACAAGCGAGGACCUCCUUUCUGCCUGCUUGGCACCUUGUAUGUUGCAUCAGAUGAAAAUCCUCUGUUGCACUGCGAGCUGAUUCACGUGUACAUUGCACAGAAACUUGGCCUGAUGUUUUUGGCAAGAGCAAUAUGCUUGGUGGUGCUUGAAUGUAAGUAAUCACAGAUGGAUCAAUGUUCAGUGGCCUUAGGGUAGAUUGCUACCACAGGGCUUGUAAACAUGGGUCUGAGCACUUUUGCCUUCGUCCCUUUCCCUUGGAAAACCCGCUCUUUAACACUAAAUUGGAACAAAUAGCAAUCUGUGGAAGACCUGGUUGCUGUUUGUUCUGAUUCUGUGCUAAACCAUGGCUUUUCCCUGGCGGGAAGUGGCAGGGCAAAUGGAGUCAUGGAUGAGCCUCUAGUGUCAUCAAGCCUGUGAAGUUAGGAGACUUUGGCUCCAACUGAAUCUCAGUUCCUUGGUUAAGUUGCUGUGUGUGUGUGUGAUAGAGAUAUCUUGGAGAAGCAAGUGGAAACAUCUAGUCGCAUGGGGACAGGGUCAUGUUGUGUUUGUGAGCCUGGGGAAGUGUCAAGUGAUGCUGUUCGGAUUAUUAAAUUUAGCUUCUUUACUCUGCUCUAGUCUUUUUGGACUUGCAGUGUGCAUGCCGUAACGGUAUCCAGCAUCUGCUUCUCAUUUUGGAUCUACGGAGAAAGGAAGCUCUUGACUUCUUCUCAGAAUGCUUAUUGACAUAUUUAGAGAGCCCAUGGUUUAGUGGAAGAGCUUGUGCUCUGCAUGCAAAAGAUCCCCAAAGGGUCAAGUAGGAGGUGAUGAAGAGCCUUCUUCUGCUAGUCAGAACAGACAAGACUUGAACUAGAUGGACCAUAGUAUCUGACCUGGUUAUAUGGCAACUUCCUCUAUUAAACAACUGAGGAAAAACCCGAAUGAAAGGGAACUAACUUUAGCAUUUCAGGUAACAGCUUCCUUUUCUCUGAAACAAUUUUUUUUGGGAUAGAGAUUUCAAUUCCAUAACCAUGAGCCAUCUACCAAAGAGCCAUCAGCAUAUUCCUUUGAGACAAAGCAGUGCCUUCAGUUUCCUGUGGUUCUGUAGUUUUAUAGGGUCUUUCUGCACAAUCGGUCCAACAAAGUCCUAGCUGUAUCUUUAGCUAUUUAUGAUGCUCUUGCAAGUCCUCCCCACCCACCUUCUUACAGUGUUCCAUCUGCGCCCUCUAGAAUAUCUCUUUUAAUAUUUCUGUGGUAGUUUUUGUUAUGUGCACGGUACUACAGAUCCCUGCAUGGGUUAUGUGGACUCCCUGGGGGUCCGUGGACCACCAAUUGGCAACCACUGAUGUAGGAGAUGCACUUUCCUCUGCCCACAGCAACCACAGCCUUUGCUGUAAUGGAAGAAGGUUGCACUAGUAUAAUGGUACACAUCUUGGAAGAUGCUUGUGACAUAAUUGCAACCAACACAAUUCUGUCUUUGCAACCAACACAAUAAUUGCAACCAACACAAUGCUAUUUUAUUUUCCUCCCUUUAAAUGUAUUUUUCUUCAAAGGUCUAGCACAUUUCCUCCCCCUCCCCCACUAUUUUCUUUUCUUUUCUUUUUUUACAUCAUUCCCCACAGUAAGGCAACUUCUCCUGCUUUGCCCAUAAAGGGGGAUGUGGAUUAUAGUGCCUGGUGGUGCUGGACUAGGGCUUGUGUUGCUUUGGUAAUUAAUGUAGCAAGUACUGAUUUAGUCAUCCAGAAGAACAUACCUAGACAUGCAGCCAUGUGAGACCAAAACCAGUCGGACUUGAUUUUGCACCAUAGUGCAUUUUGCAAAGUUGGAAUAUUUGUAUCAUGAAAUAUAUAUUCGGCAGAUUUCCUAAAGAGGAAUUUGGUAGAACCAAGUAUGGUCUAGAUGACAACCUAAGGCAGCCUUCAAUUAACCUGGUGCUCUCCAGAUGUUUUGGAUCCUGAUUCCCAGCCAGCCAGCAUGGCUGCUGGGAGUUGUAGUCCAAAACACCAGGUUAGGGAAGACUGGCCUAGACUUUCAUAAACCACCACCCCCUUUCCGUUGUUCUUUGCUAACAUAUGUACAGUAGUUCCAUAACUAUUGGUUUAUUUCAAGUGUCUGUGGAAGGAUCGCGGGCAUUAGAAGUAGGUCCUUUGAGAACAGUUUGUACACUGUUGGACUAGAAAGUAUUGUGUACUCCUGCCAAAGGCCAAUGGGUGUGCAAGCUGUGUUAUCUGCAGUAAAAUGUAUGGCAACUUGAAUGCAAGCGUUCAGUGCAUGUUGUGAGUUUGAGGGGAAAUUUUGAAAAUGCAGGUGAUAUUAGAAACCCUGUUUGGGGGCAAAAGGAGAACAUAAGGUUGGAUUGGUGCUUUACAAUCAAUUGUAAAUGUAUUAAGCAUGUAAUAAUAUGUAUUAAGAAAAAGCUUCUGUUUGUACAAAGACUAUAUUGGUAGGAUCUGCACCAGUUAUAGCACAGAUACCUGAAAAAGACUGAGUGGGGGAGGAAUAGAGAAAAUGACUUAUUGGAAGGUUCUUUCUCAAUUCAUUAUAUUACAUGUUAGAACUCUCAAGUUCAUGAAGUGCUUCUGCAGAGACAGGAUGCGGUUAUUAUAUGCAUUAUGCAGUGUGCUUGAUUUACAAGAUAUAGGUAUAGGAUGUGAAUGUAAUAUUUGUUCAAAAAGCCUGUGGUUUUCAGCCUCUUUUCUUCUCAGGAUUUUAAACUAUGGCAUAUUUGUAUUUCUUCCUUAUCUGGGACAGAAAAAUCAUGUUAUCUGCAAAACUAGAGCUUAAAAAACCCCAAAACCCAGUCUGGGCUAUUAGGUCUAACAUUUACAAUCCUGAGCCCGUUUACUCAGAUGUAAGUCCCCUUAAGUCCAAUGGGACAUACUUCCAAGUAAGUAUACAUAGGCUUGCACAAUCUAACAGUGAAACCCUGUGCCUGUUUAUUGAUAAAUCCCACUGUGUUCAUUGAGGCUUGCUCCUGGGUAUGUGUGCACAGGAUUGUAGCUUUAAUGACUGAUCUGUUUGUAAUCUUCAACUCAACAUGAUCCAGUAGGCUUUGAAAAACAUGUGAAUUUGGAGAUAGAAGCCAGAAUGUUUUCUCCCCCCCCCAAAAAAAAAUCUAGCAGUUUUUUUGAUGCCUCAGCUUGCAAAUAAGAUCAGUCUCAAGCAACUGAAAGGGACCUAAUUUUCAGAAAAUAUUGUACUCAUAAGUUCCUUUCUUUCAAAUAUUAGACUAUUGAGAUGUCUCAUGCUAGGUACUUGAAAUCAGUGGUCACAUUUCUUUAAACUUUGGGGGCAAAGAUUUUUAUAUGUUCUCUUUACCUUCGUUUCUAGUAUAUGCCAUGCACAGCAUGCUUUGUUGACUUAUAUGGUGAAGUUGUGUAUAUUGUAUACACGGCAAGGAUUAAUGAUAAACUAUGAAGUAUAUAUUAUAUAUGGCUCCCCACUGGAACAGAUAAAAGGUACUUUACCAAAAUCUCUUUCAGUGCGAGAAGUGAGGGGCUGGCCUUUUUUGAGAAUUAGUCACAAAUUUUUAAAAGAAUGUUGUUUUUAAUAAAACAAAGAAAAAGAAAAAUGCACCACGCUCUGAUUCUGAAAUGUUACUACUGUUUUAUAAAUAAAUGUAUAAAAUAAUGGACUGGAACAGAGGGGGGGAAAUCAUUAAAAUUUAUUUAUUUACAAUC